AUGCAUAUUCUUAAUCAUCAAAUAAUCUAUUUCAUAUUUUGCCCAUUAUACAUAUUUUACGACAGCAAAUGUGCAGUUUUAGAUGCUAGUUCAAUUCGAGAUGAAAUUGUGGAAACAUUAUUCGCUAAUUAUCAGAGUCAUGUUCGCCCUGGAGAGCUUAUUCGUAACACAACAGUGGUAACAGUUUAUAUAUCUGUAUCAGCUAUAACAUCUGUGGAUGUACGUAAUAUGGAAUACACUAUUGAUAUGUUACUUCGUCAAGCAUGGUAUGAUCCUAGACUAGCUUGGGAUCAAAUUGAGAAAUUCAAACAUUAUACAAAAAACAUUGUUUCUCCGGUUUUCAAAGAAAAAAUAUGGCUACCAGACUUGUUCUUUCGAAAUGGUAAGGAAGGCCGAUUACAUAAAAUGACUUGUGAGAACUUACUAAUACGCAUACAACCGAAUGGUGAAAUAUUGUACAGUCAGAAGAUCACCAUGCGAAUGGCCUGUCAGAUGGAAUUACGGACAUUCCCUAUGGAUACACAGGAGUGCGAUAUGAAUAUUGGAAGUUAUGGAUAUACAUUAGAGCAAGUGAGCUUUGUGUGGAGAAACAUAUCACCUGUCACAUUACCAGAGAAUUUGCAGAUAUCGGAGUUUGACCCACCUGAAGUGGUCAGAGCUUAUGAUUGCACAAGCGGAUACUCCACAUCAACUGGACAAUACACAUGUUUAAACGCUACUUUUACGCUACAACGGCAGUUGGGUUACUGGUUGGCAAGUACCUAUAUACCGAAUAUUCUCAUAAUGGUUGUUUCAUGGCUAAACUUUUGGGUUAGUUUAGAGGCGAUUCCGGCCAGAGUAAAUUUAAGUUUGUUAACGUUACUUGGUGUGAUAACUCAGUCGACCAGUUACGCAAGUUCCCUUCCAAGGGUAUCGUAUAUUAAAGCAAUUGAUAUUUGGACAAUAGCAUGCAUAACGUUUAAUUCUGGAGUAUUACUUGAAUUUGCGAUCGCUUCUCAUCUUGCUAGGCGUCAAAAAGUAUCUGAAUGGCAGGUAGAAGUUCGGAAGCUAGUUAGACGUGAACUAGCGAGGUGGUGUUCUGCUUGCCAAUUACAAUAUGCACAAAGGGGACCAUCUGCGCUCUCAGCAUACUCAGCUUCAAGCAGAUCAAAUGAGAAAGUUAGUGAGUACAUCAACUCGGUAGCUGCCGCUGCUUUCGCCAUUCAGAAUAGCCCUGUACUAGAAAGACCAAGUCCUCAAAUGUCUGUUCGCCUAACAAAGUCAGGUUUAAUGUCAAUGGCUAAUAUUAAGUCCGGAAAACCAGAUAAAGUUUCAAAGGGUGUUUUUUACGAAUUAGUUACCAAUGAUUCUGCACUUACAGCUUUAGAUACAACACAAAAGGAUGCCCUUUUACCACCAAAUGAACCACAAAGCGUUAAAAAACCAGCGUCAAUGUCGAAAAUAGAUAGUUAUAG